UCUCGCACGAGCCGGCCGAGCCUCAAUCGUCUCGGAAUUUCGGUUAAAAUUCGUUUUUCCGGCUUUAAAAUGAGCAAGAAAGCGCAGCGGUACUUCGCUGUGGAGGACAAGCAGCCCCGGAAUGGCGGUGGAGAACAGAAGGAAUCGACAGCAUCGAGUGUUAAAUCGAAAAAGAAACCCCCAAACAUGGAGGUGAUAGUAGUUGAUACAAGCAAAACGAUGCCGGCUCGUAAGCGACCGGAAUUUUCGGGCAAAAAACUUCGCGAAAAAAGGCAACAGCGGAUGGAGAUUCCUUUAAAUCCGGCCGCACUGAAGCGACACUCACGUGGCGAGCGCUUGAAUUUGAACGGAGUGAAAACGGAUUACCGCAAGAUCAAGGAGAAACGCAAGGACAUUCAGAUCGAGUUCGCCGAGGAGCAGGCAGCCCGCGCCGAGAUACUGCUGGACGGAGAGGAAGGAUUCCUUGAGGCCGAAGAAGGGGAAAGCACGACGGACAUCAGCCAGAAGGAAAUAGCGGAAAAUGUAGACAUAACGACGGCCAUGAAGCACUUUACCCUCGCGCUCGACUUUGGCCCGUACCGGAUGCGCUACACGAAGAACGGAACACACCUGUUGCUAGGUGGACGGCGCGGUCAUGUGGCGGCCUUCAGCUGGGUCCGUAAAAAGCUGCAGUUCGAGAUGAACGUCAUGGAAUCGGUGCACGAUGUAACGUGGCUGAUGAACUACACCAUGUUCGCGGCCGCCCAAAAGGAGUGGGUGCACGUGUACGACAAGAAGGGCACCGAACUGCACUGCAUCAAAUCGAUGCACCGAAGCCAACGGUUGGAGUAUCUGCCGUACCACUUCUUGCUGUGCAGUGCUGGAGAGAACGGCUUCCUAUCGUGGAUGGAUGUGUCGAUAGGCCAGACGAUCGGGAGCUAUAAUUGCCGUGUGGGCAAGGUAUCCGUUAUGACGCAUAAUCCGUGGAAUGGCGUGACAUGCGUGGCCGAUUCAAAAGGGGCCGUGUCGAUGUGGUCACCGAUGGUGCGCGAUCCCCUGGCCAAGAUGCUUUGCCAUCCGGUUCCGUUGACCGCGCUAGCCAUCGAUCCACAGGGCAUACACAUGGCAACAGCGGCGCUGGAUCGCAAGAUUAAAAUCUGGGACAUCCGACAGCUGGAAGGACCGCUAGAGACGUACCACAUCAAUACGGCCGCCUCGGAUGUGAACCUUUCGCAGCGAGGCCUAAUGGCACUUUCGUUGGGUAACGUAUGCGAGAUCUACCGCCGCAAUCCGAGUGCCGAUGAGGUGGAACUGAAGCCCUACAUACGGCAUCGCACGAACGGUACGAUUUCCAACAUUCGAUUCUGCCCGUACGAGGACGUGCUCGGGGUAGCGACGCAGAAGGGUUUCACGUCGCUGAUCGUGCCCGGAUCAGGCGAACCCAACUUCGAUACCUUCGAGGCGAAUCCGUUCCAAUCGCGCAGCCAACGGCGCGAAGAAGAGGUGCACGGUUUGUUGGAGAAGAUUCCAGCCGAGUUCAUUUCGCUCAACCCGAACCAGAUUACCGAGGUGGAUGUACCAUCGGCCAAGGAACGGCUCGAGGAAAAGGUGAAACAGCUGACCAUGAAACCGCCCAAAAUUGACUUCAAACCGCGCAACCGCAAGGGCAUCUCGAAGGCGAAGCGCAUCAAGAUCAAGCAGAACGUACGCGAGACCCGAUUCCGGGAAGCGGUCAAGGAAAUUCAGGAAACCAAGGAGAAACUGCUGAACCAGGAAAAGCGUACGAUGAAGGAGGGUCCGGAUUUCAUACCGCUCGAAACGAAAACCGUGCUGGAUCGCUUUCAAACGAAGAAAAAGAAGAAAACUGGGCAAUAAAACCCGGUCGCUUUGCGAUGGAGAACGUGUAUCUUAUAUUAAACGAAAUAAAUGCAUUCUCUGCUCA